AUGAAAAAGUUCAUUUUCGAACGGGAGGAGAAGAUUCUUUGUCGGGCUCAGGUCAACCCGGCCACAAAGGGCAGCCAGAAGUCCAGCCUUCAGCCCGAAACUCCAUACCACCCCGUUGCGACAAACAUUAAAGCGAAAAAACAGGAAAAGCAAAAAGCUGCCAGGCACGGCAAAAACCGUGCCUCUCCAUCGAUAAACACCGAGAAUCGGGUCUUCGAGAUUCCGAACGCCACCGGGAUUCCAUCACACGGAAUCAUCAUGCGCGGAUCGUGA